AUGAAUGUACUGAACGUACUCAUAAAACUAGCACUGAGCAGACCGAAUUCAGUAGACAAUUGGGGAACUUUCUUUCUCCAAAAGCUCCAAAACUUUUUCAACAAAACUGAUUAUUGCGAUUUAACUCUCCAGUUUUUGGAUAAUUCUCAGUUGAAGGUUCAUCGUCUUGUAUUGAGUGCUUGUACUGAUUAUUUCAACAUGUUAGAACAGUCAUGUGAAAUGGUAGAAGAUAUUCUAAUCAUGCCAAAUGAUCUUCAAGCAGAUGUCAUUGUCCCAAUCGUUAAUUUUAUGUACACAGGAACACUGGAGUUCCAUUACAAUAUGUACGAAAAAUUAUUAAAAACAUCUCGUGAGAUGAACAUGACCGUACUAUCAAAGCUUCUGGAAGCACAUCGUCAAACAUCGGGAAGUAAUAUGAAGCAAACCCAACCUGUUUUACUCAAUAAAAAUGCCACAGGAGUUCGAUCACAACCGAAAGUAUUUUAUCAAAAGCCGUCUCCUGCUAAAACAGUUUUUUAUAAACAAGGACAAACAAUCAUCAAGCAUGUAUCACCAACAAAGCCUAAUAUUCCUGAACCAAUUCAAAUAGUGACGAGGUUUCAACAAGAUAAGAACAGUUCACGGCCUUCGAGAUUCACUGUUCCUGACGACAUUGUUCCCGAUGCUGAAGGCUCUUUUGAAAGCAUUUCGUAUGAAAGUAAACCAUUACUAACGGCCUCACAAUUGAAACGUGAAGAAGAGAAUUCACCAUUUGAGAACUUACGUCGUGGUUACACAAACAAUAAACGGAUUGCAUCAACAUCAUCAUCACAAUCACCUCCAUCAAAGAAACCAAACUUGGAUGACAUUAAAGCUGAAGCAGAAGCACAAAGGCAACGGAACGAAUUGUCAGGUGAAGGUGAAGAAUUAGACGAUACUGCAAGUGAUCCUGACUAUGAUGCUGAUCAAUAUUUUGAGGAAGAAAAUGACGAUUCGGAAGAUGAAUCGAAUAGAAAUUUCAAGAACUCUUCUGGAACUGUUGUUAAACAGACAACGAAACAAAUAACUGUCAAUGAUUGUAGUGGUGGUAACAUAGAUCAUGCAAAAAUUCUUGGUGAAGUUCUUAAAAAGUAUCCAAAUCUUGUUAAGAACCCAAAAAAUAUUAAACUGAAAAUUAUGCAGAAACCUUCACAUCCGAACUCUCAACAAACGACAGCAAUUGUUCGUGUUGUUAAACAAGAUAAUCAAUCGCCAACUGGGAGGAACACACAAUUGAGAUCAACACCACCCAUUGCUAACUCACAACCGAAGAAGAUUGAUGCGAAAACAAUGCAUGAACUCAUUCGAAUGGGGGCAGAAAAUAUGAAAGGACCAUGGCUUUGUUUAGAUUGUGGUUCUGGUGGUCGACCAAUCAAAUUUUUACUUCAUGCGCAUAUGCGAGCUGUUCAUCGUCAUAUGGCGAAAAAUGAUGGCACGAUGGAGUAUAGUGAGGAUGAAGAAUAUGAACCAUCAGGCCAUGAAGUCAACAGUUCAGGGAAGAAGAUUGAAAUAUUAUCAAACAUUGAAAUUCCCGUUUCGGAAUCAAUAAAGUUUGAAAUUGAUGGAACAAUUGUAUCGCAACCAAGCUCAGAAGCUGAAGCUCUUACAAGCGUUGCUACUGGAAUUGCAACAAGUCUUGGAUUGGAUGAUCAAUUUAAUAUUGAACAACAAUUGGCACAAGUUCACGGCGAGUAUGAAGAGAAGAAAGAAAAUUCAGAAAUUAUUACAAAAUUAGUUGCUGAAGAUGGCACAGAAUUGGAGUUGACAGCAGCACAAAAAGAAGAAAUUCUUCAGCAACUUCAUUCACAAGGCGCAACAUUGACUGAUAAUGUUGUGAUGGUGUUAGAUCAAGGACAAUUGGAUGUUCAGUCAGAUAAUAAUCUCAUGGUAAUGUAUUCGGAGUCUCAAGAAAAUACUUCGAUUGAUACAACGACAAACAGCAUGUCGGCAAUUAAACCAGAAGAGUUGGAAAAAGCUGAAAUUAUCUUCCAAGAUGAUCAACAUGUUAAAGAAAAGCAAAGUGAUGGGGAGAAAUCAAAAUUGAUAAGUGAACUUGAAGAAGAUUGGACUGAAGAUGAUGAAAGUUCUCAACAAGAGUCAAAAGCAGAAGAACCAUCAAUUGAUACAUCACAAGAUGACACCGCAGAAAAUGAAGCAAAUGAACAGAACUUAAAUGAAAGUGCAGAAGAAAAGGAAGAAGAGAAAGAAAAAGAAGUAAAUGUUCAAGAUCAUAAGAAAGAAAUUGUCGAAGAGGCGAAUGGAAAACUGAAAGAUAUUUUAGACGAUUGGCAGGAUGAAGAAAAUUAUUCAAAAACUAAUGAGGAAGCUCAGUUAACAGAAGAUACUCCUGUCGUUUCUUUGGAGGAGAUGAAAAGUGAAAAUGAUUCUAAAUUAGAAGAGAAGAAAAUAUCCGAAGAAAAGAAUGAUGAGGACAUUAAAAAAGAACUUACAGAGUCAGAAGAUGCUCCAAUAGUAGAAACAUCUGAAAAGAAGGAACUUAAAAAUGAUCUACCAAAAGAAAGUUCAUCAACUACUGAAAAAUCAAUGGAAAAAUCAAAAAUCAUCACUGAUUUACUCGAAGAGUGGAAUGACGAUUUAUAA